CUUUCCCGCCCCGGAAGUGCAACCCUGGGUCUUCCAGGUGUGGAUUCCGCCUGUCAUCGAGAUGCCGGGAGCCGCGGCGAAGGGCUCGGAGUUGUCCGAGAGGAUCGAGAGCUUUGUGGAGACCCUAAAGCGGGGUGGUGGGCAGCGCAGCUCGGAGCACAUGGCUCGGGAGACCCUGGGGCUGCUGCGCCGGAUCAUCACGGACCACCGCUGGAGUAACGCAGGGGAGCUGAUGGAGUUGAUCCGCAGAGAGGGCCGGAGAAUGACGGCCGCGCAGCCCUCGGAGACCACCGUGGGCAACAUGGUGCGGAGAGUGCUCAAGAUCAUCCGGGAGGAGUAUGGCAGACUGCACGGACGCAGUGACGAGAGCGAUCAGCAGGAGUCCCUGCACAAACUCUUGACAUCUGGAGGUCUGAGCGAGGAUUUCAGCGUCCAUUAUGCCCAACUGCAGUCCAACAUAAUUGAGGCGAUUAAUGAGCUGCUCGUGGAGCUGGAGGGCACCACGGAGAACAUUGCAGCCCAGGCUCUGGAGCACAUCCAUUCCAAUGAGGUGAUUAUGACCAUUGGCUUCUCCAGAACAGUGGAGGCCUUCCUCAAAGAGGCUGCCCGAAAGAGGAAAUUCCAUGUCAUUGUGGCAGAGUGUGCUCCUUUCUGCCAGGGUCAUGAAAUGGCUGUCAAUUUGUCCAAAGCAGGUAUUGAGACUACUGUCAUGACUGAUGCUGCCAUUUUUGCUGUUAUGUCAAGAGUCAACAAGGUGAUCAUUGGCACAAAGACCAUCCUGGCUAAUGGUGCGCUGCGAGCUGUGGCAGGAACCCAUACUUUGGCACUGGCAGCAAAGCACCAUUUCACACCACUCAUCGUCUGUGCACCCAUGUUCAAGCUUUCCCCACAGUUCCCCAAUGAAGAAGAUUCAUUUCACAAGUUUGUGGCUCCUGAAGAAGUCCUGCCUUUCACAGAAGGGGACAUUCUGGAGAAGGUCAGCGUUCACUGCCCUGUGUUUGACUACGUUCCCCCUGAGCUCAUUACCCUGUUUAUCUCCAACAUUGGUGGGAAUGCACCGUCAUACAUCUAUCGCCUGAUGAGUGAGCUCUACCAUCCUGAUGACCAUGUCUUAUGACCACCACUUCUAAGCGGAAACUGCUUGGUCACAGCGGAGAGGAGACUCAAUGCUGCUGCUACAAUGCAUCCUCCUAGCAGUGGGGAAGUGGACAGAGUAAACCUUAAAAACUUGAUCCUGUUUCUGCCUUUUUAGUCAUCCCAGAACAAGCCACACAUCCAGGACUGGCUCUUGCCUUUUAGGUCUUAAAAGAGCAGCAGGGCUUUGCCUAUUGAUUUUGGAGCCUCUUAGUGCCUAGCUGUGUCUGUUUCAGGGAUUUCAACUUUCUGGUUCAGUGGUGUGUUAAACAUAACACUGACUACCUUGCUGGGAUACAAAUUUUUGCUCAGAAAUGGCUCCCACACCUUUUCCUAGGCUAUGCCAAUAAAAGAUACUGGAAGGCUCCCAA